GUACUUCUACGUUUCCACGUCCUAAAACCCUAAACCUUGGCCUCGUUUUCUCUCGUCUGGGUGAGAGAAUCCCACGGAUUCCACCGCAGCACUCGAUACGACUGCUGCACCUUCGCGCUUCGACAUCCUCCUCUGACUUUCUUCGCUCUGAUCAGCUGCUCUCGACCCAUCACGACCCUGAUUGGCGAUUGUGACCUCGCUGGCAUUGUGGUCUCUGAGAAUGUGCCUCCAGCUCUUUCAGCUGAUGCGGGAGGAAGCGAGUACAGCCGUGUAGAGAUGGUUAUCUGUGUCGGUAAGAAAAUUUGACGUCUCCCGAGGGAUUUUGGAAAUUCGGAAGGAUCAGCUCUGGGUGGAGAUUAGUUGGCUGGCAUCGAAGGAAGUCGGUUUUGUAGACCAGAAGGAAAGGAAAAGAGUGGAAGGGAAGCGAUGACGGAGGUGAAGGUUUUAGAAGGGAAGGAUUUGACGAAGAUAGAACGCAUUGGAGCGCAUUCUCACAUCCGAGGAUUGGGUCUCGAUGAUGCAUUGGAGGCGCGGAAGUCGUCGCAGGGGAUGGUGGGGCAGCAAGCUGCACGGCGAGCGGCCGGAGUGAUUCUGCAGAUGAUUAAGGAUGGAAAAAUUGCGGGGAGAGCUGUUCUUUUGGCCGGGCAGCCAGGAACGGGGAAGACUGCGAUCGCAAUGGGUAUGGCUAAGGCUUUGGGAGAAGAAGCUCCGUUUGCUAUGAUGGCGGGGAGUGAGAUAUUCUCGUUGGAGAUGAGCAAGACGGAAGCUUUGACUCAAGCGUUUCGGAAAGCUAUAGGGGUGAGGAUUAAAGAGGAGACGGAAAUUAUCGAGGGCGAGGUCGUCGAAAUCCAGAUUGAUAGACCUGCCACUGCAGGCGCUGCAUCGAAAACUGGAAAACUCACUUUGAAGACCACGGAAAUGGAGACUGUUUAUGAUCUCGGUACGAAGAUGAUCGAAGCGCUCAGUAAACAAAAAGUCCAGAGCGGCGAUGUCGUAGCCAUUGACAAGGCCUCAGGGAAGAUUUCCAAGCUGGGACGUUCCUUUGCGAGGUCGCGUGAUUAUGAUGCCAUGGGACCCCAGACAAAGUUCGUACAGUGUCCAGACGGCGAGCUUCAAAAGCGCAAGGAGGUUGUCCACGUCGUCACCCUGCACGAAAUUGAUGUAAUCAACAGCAGAACGCAAGGGUUCUUGGCACUAUUUACUGGGGACACAGGAGAAAUAAGGACGGAAGUACGCGAACAAAUUGAUGGCAAGGUUGCCGAAUGGAGGGAGGAGGGAAAGGCCGAAAUCAUCCCUGGUGUACUCUUCAUCGACGAAGUACACAUGCUUGAUAUCGAAUGUUUCUCGUAUCUGAAUCGGGCUCUGGAGAACGAAAUGGCUCCCAUUUUAGUAGUGGCCACCAACAGAGGGAUAACCAGAAUACGUGGUACCAACUACAAGUCUCCUCACGGUAUACCAAUUGAUCUACUUGAUCGCCUUUUGAUCAUAACCACGGUUCCCUAUUCAGAGGAAGAGAUCAGAAUGAUUCUGGAUAUCCGAUGUGAAGAGGAAGAUGUGGAGAUGUCCGAUGACGCGAAAGAGCUCUUGACAAAAAUUGGGAAGGAAACAUCUCUACGGUAUGCAAUACAUCUGAUCACUGCUGCUUCUCUAGCCUGCCAAAAGCGGAAGGGCAAGGAAGUGGAAAUUGAGGACAUAGGCCGAGUCUAUUCCCUGUUUAUGGAUGUGAAGAGGUCUACUCAGUUCUUGAUGGAGUACCAGGAACAAUUUAUGUUCAACGAAGUACCCGGCGUUGAAGGCGAUGACGGGCAAAUGGCGGAUUAACUUUCUCGACCCUUGCAGCCACAGCUGAGAACACGUGAAACGCGGAGAACGCUAACGCCUAAGCUUCGUGAUGUGGACCGCAACAACGCUGUAGGUGUCUGCUGUCAGGGAAUGGUGCUUUGUGACCAAGGCGGAGGUGCCGGAGUGAACGCUGAGGACAUCCCAUCGAGUCUCCUCGAAAGCAGAAAGAGCUUUUAUUGGGAUGAACUAAUCCCGCUCAUUGUACUCUAGCUUUGGAUGUAGCUUGACAUAAAUCCUAUGACCGUUAUCAUGUACGGACAAAGGAGGUCAUUGUGUGCUCCAAAACCUGUUUUCUAAAUUUUUCAUGUCACAGUAGGAUGUAAAUUAACAAUGAGCCACAUAGUUGUAAACCGGCCGAGAGUAGUGUCGUUGGAACGUAUGCAAAUUUUACAUAUCAUUACCACACGCCUCUGAUUUUGAGUUCCAUACGAUGGAAGGAUUGUUUCCCUUUGAAGUGCAUUUUUAAUACAUAUUCCGGUUUUGUGUAAAACUUUGUAAGCAAGGUAACGAGUAAGUGAAGUCCAGAAGAACCAAUGUGAGAUGAAAUGUAUAACA